CCCAUGCAGCAAACUGACAGAUAACCAUGUGGAUUUUGCGGUUUAUAUGCAUUUGAAUUUUCCUUUCUACCAUUUCGUUCGCGUGUAGUGCGUUGAGCACGUGGAUAUUCCGUCAAAUAAAACAUUGUGAUGUGCGAAGCCCGAAAAUAGUUAGGUUAAGAAAUGAUUGAAGACGUUGAAAGUAGUUUAGUGUCGUCGAAAUUAGAAGUUGUCAGUGGAAAACAACAGAAUGGGGUUGGAAACCACGAAGAAAACAACAACAAACACCCCGCAGAUGGGGGAUCCAGGGCUUGGGUGAUAAUGUUGGCUUCGUUCUUUUGCAAUGGAAUAUUAUUCGGUGUCAUCAAUUCCUAUGGUGUCCUUUAUUCAGAAUUCCACGAUAAUUUACUUAAAAGAAAUGUUACCAAUGCAUCGGGAAAAGCAGCUUUGAUUGGCUCCUUCUCAAUGGGCACAGUAUUCUUCGUUUCUCCAGUAGCUGGAGUACUUACUGAUUAUAUCGGCAUCAGACGGACCACUUUCUUGGGCGGCGCCAUAGCUUCUGGUGGCAUGUUACUAUCUUCUUUCUUCAUAGACGAUAUAGUCAUCAUGUGUAUUACGUAUGGAGUUAUGUAUGGGCUAGGAGGAGCCUUAAUGUACACACCCUCACUGGCGAUUCUAGGACACUACUUUAAGAAAUAUUUAGGAAAAGUAAAUGGAUUCGUAACAGCUGGCAGUUCGGUGUUUACGAUAGCAAUGCCAUAUUUGAUAGACGUAUUUUUGAAAAAUUUUGGGAUAGAAUGGACCCUGAGGUUUUUAGCCAUAAAAUCGAGUUUCAUUAUGCUGUUCGCCUUCCUAUUUAAGCCAGUAACUACAACUAGUUCAACCAAAAAGAAGCAAAUAUCAUUUCGCAGUAUUUUUAACCUUGCGUUACUGAAAAAUUUCAAAUAUGUCGUCUGGGUGUCGACGAUCGCAUUUUCAUUAUUCGGCUAUUUCGUACCUUACGUCUAUAUGCCGAAACUUGUGAAGGAGAAAUUUGAAGAUGGCUCUGAUACUAAGCUGCCCAUAAUGUGUAUUGGAAUAGCAUCAGGUAUUGGAAGACUUAUUUUUGGCUAUAUAGCUGAUUUGCCAAAAGUAAACAGGAUAUACAUGCAACAGCUCAGUUUCUUUAGCAUAGGUCUCAUGACUAUGCUAUUGCCUUUCACUGUUGGACACUAUGCAUGGCUGGUUGUCAUUACGUUAGCCAUGGGGCUUUUUGACGGCUGCUUUAUUUCUCUCUUAGGUCCCAUUGCAUUUGAUCUCUGCGGCCGAGAAGGGGCUACCCAAGCCAUCGGUUUCCUGUUAGGGCUAUGUUCAAUUCCUCUAACACUCGGACCAUAUGUUGCUGGUCUAAUUAUCGACAGCCAGCAUACUUAUACGCUACCAUUCGUAUUGGCUGGCAUCCCACCUGUGAUAGGCUCAGUAGUAAUGUUUGUGAUAAAAUGUUCAGAAGCCCCAAAAUCGAAUGUUUCCAUAUACAGAACGAAUUUUGUGAAAGAAGAACCAUAUGAAAAAGAAACACUGGCCAAGCAAGAAGAGGACGUCAUGUAGUUAAAGUCAAUCAGAUAAUUGUCUCGAGAAAGAAUAUUUGCUUUCACUUAUUCUGCUAAUUGAGCUUUUCAGGGUAAUAUUUUGGAAACUUGCAGCAAUUAUGAAUCUUUUUAAACGAGGGAUCGUAUUUGAUCAUUUUUAUACAAGGUGUCCCAAAAGUAGUGGAACGGUCGAAUAUUUCGCGAACUAAACAUCGGAUCGAAAAACUGAAAAAUACGUGUUCAAUCAUUUUCAAAAAUCUAUCCAAUGACACCAAACACCAAUCCCCACUAUACCCCCUGGGGUGGGGUGGGGGGUAACUUUAAAAUCUUAAAUAGAAAGCCCCAGUUUUUCUUGCAGAUUUUAAUUCGUUACGUAAAAGUAAGCAACUUUUAUUCAAGAACUUUUCGAACUGUGGAUAGAUGGCGCUAUAAUUGGGAAAAACGAUUUAUCCUGAUACCAUAGGUAAAUUAUAAAAACGGUCUAGUAUCUCACAAAAUGCACUUCCAAAUGAGAAACUAAAAAAAAAAGAUUUUUAAUCUUUUUCGACCCUCUGGAGGUGGGGUGGGGGUAACUUUAAAAUCUUAAAUAGCAACCCCCACUUUUUAUUACAGAUUCGGAUCCGUCAUGAAAAAUUAAGCAACAUUUAUUCGAAACAUUUUUUAGGAUUGUUAAUAGAUGGCGCUUUAACUGGAAAAAUACGAUUUAUUAGCGCCAUCUAUCAAAAAUUUAAAAAACUAUUUCGAAUAAAUGUUGCUUAAUUUUUUAUGACGAAUCCGAAUCUGCAAUAAAACGUGGGGGUUGUUAUUUAAGAUUUUUAAGUUACCCCCCCCCACCCCCACCCCACCUCCAGGGGGUGGGUUGGAGGGUAAUGUUUGGUGUUAUUCGAUAGGUUUUCGAAAAAGAUUAAAAAUCUGUUUUUUGGUUUCUCAUUUGGAAGUGUAUUUCGUGAGAUAAUGACCGUUUCUAUAAUUUACCUAUGGUAUCAGGAUAAAUCGUUUUUCCCAAUUACAGCGCCAUCUAUUCACAGUUCAAAAAAAUGUCUUGAAUAAAAUUUGCCUACUUUUACGUAAAGAAUCCAAAUGUGCAAGAAAAACUGGGGGUUUCCAUUUGAGAUUUUAAAGUUACCCCCACCCCACCUCCAGGGGGUGUAGGGGGAUUGGUGUUUGGUGUCAUUGGAUAGAUUUUUGAAAAUGAUUAAAAACGUAUUUUUCAGUUUUUCGAUCCGAUGUUUAGUUCGCGAAAUAUUCGACCGUUCCGCUACUUUUGGGACACCCUAUAUAUGGUAACUGCAAUUAUGAAAUGCAUAUUAUUUAUUUUUAAAACGGUUUUAAUUAAAACAUUAUUUGUAGUCCUAAUUAAUUAAGUCUAAAAUAUAGUUAUAUGUGAUACAUGUAGGUAUAUUCUUAAGUCACAAAAGAAAUCUUAAUUUUUUUCGUACUCUUUCUAAUUUGAACAUUUCACGUUGUCGUGAAUAAAUCUCUCGUGAAUGAAAAUGUGAUUAAAUGGAGACCAUGGCUAAGAAGAAGCGUAGAAAGAUCUUAACAAAUAUGGUAUAAGAAAGAAGGACUCAAUUGGUACCGGCAAAUCCAGAAUAGAGAAAACGGGAGAGCAAUAAGAUAAAAGAUAGUAAAAUUUAAUAAAAAAUGUUUUGUCCUGGUAAAAGGUAUAUUAGUUUAAAAAGCCCCCAUAGGGCUACAAACAUAUAAACAAAACGUUUUCGCUCUGUAACAAGAGCAUCAUCAGUGUUACCUAAAAUAAGUAUAACCGUAUUAAUUAAGGCAAAAUGUUAAAGUUAAAAUGAUGACCAAGGUAAAAGCAAAGUUUGGUUAUACUUACAAGAACAUGGUGAGCCACCCAAAAAUACAAAGGUUGAAAUCUUUUAAAAAUAGACUAAAAGUCUCACAUAAAAGAUAGGAGAGCAGAUGCAGACGAAGAAGAAAAACUCAUCUACUCGUAAACUAAACAUUGAUAACUAGAGCAAUUUUGGUCACAUCCUCAUUAUUUAGUAAAAAAGCGUCUAAGGGCCGGUUGUUCGAACGCUAAUCAACAAUGAUCAUUAUUAAAUAUUUAAUUACUGUCACCAAAACUGUCAAUGUCAACUUUGUUUGGGUUGCUGAAAACAUAAUUAAUUACAAUUAUGAGAUUUAUUAUUAAUUAUGUUAAUAAUUAUUGUUAUUUUAAUUGAUUAUAGUCUCAGAAUUGUAAUUAAUUAUGUUUUAACAAUUGACAUUGACAGUAAUUAAUUAUUUGAUAAUGAUCAUUGUUGAUUAGCGUUCGAACAACCGGCCCUUAAUGAUAUUUUUACUUCGACCGAUUAAAAUUACUUAGAAACAUUAUAGUAGCUCGUUCUUGGCCGAGAUCUAUUAUAGUUAAUAUUCUUGCCAUUUAUGUUUUAAAUAGGGCUUUUCAUUCACAGUCAUUUGUUUCGAGCUUCUGUCAUGUGUCACAUAAUAUUAAUAUAUCUACGUCGUACGUUAUUGGUAUUACCAAUGAUACAAACCGAAGACGUAUGACGUAAAUAUAUUAAUAUUAUGUGACACAUGACAGAAGCUCGAAACAAAUGACAAUCGAUGAAAAGUCCUAUAGUCAUGUUUUGAUAAUUUUUAAGUGCCAUUUCGUACAGCUGCAAGUUUUCAAAUUUUAACAUUAUAAUACAAUUACUGCCACUAUACAACUUUUAAAUGAUUGCUUUUUAGCAAAUAUGAUAAAUAAAUUUAAUAUUUGUGGUAUAGUGGCAAUAAUUGGGGUUUGUUUGAAGUUUUUACAACUAGUUUUAAUUUUAUAGAAUUUUUUGUAUGAAUGCACGUUGCUAUAUAUUUUUAAUUCUAUAGUGCAACUUCUAAUUUCACCAAUUUUAACGAAAUUUAGUGCAUUAUUAGGCUGUGAAAACUGAAUAUCAAAAACAAAAGAUGUGAUAAUGUUCGCCUGGUAUAUUAAAAAUUACCAAUACUUUGUUGACAAGUGCAAUAUAUAAUUUAUUGUAUACAGCACAUUCUAUCAGACAUAUAAAAUAUUUUAAUGAAAAAAUAAAUAAUUAUAAAAUAAAAUUUUCACUAUACACUGUCGGAAAAUACUAACCUAGAAUGACAAUUGUCAUUUUACCCGUUGACAUUGAUUGGUUUUUCCAGAGAACGUCUUAAGUGUAUGUUGGUGUACCUCUUAGAGUAGGGAAUUUUACUCGUGAAGUUGACCAGUAAAAUUCCUUACUUUAAGUUGUACAGUACGUACAAUAUAGAUACCGUUGCACGUCAUCCGCGUCAUAGCACGUGACGUCACAUGAUAUUAUUUUUCUCGUGAGCAUCUUUCAGUGCGUCACAGUUUUUCGAUUUCUUUCUAACGCAUUAAAUUGUAUGUGACAGAAAAAAGGCACGUCGGUGAUUACAGACAUUUAUAACAUUUAUUCUAGUUGUCGAUAGAUGGCGCUAUAAUCGAAAAAAAUUAUUUACGAAUUAUAUAAUAUAUCUGCGAAUAUAAUCUGUACAAUUUAUAAGACUAUACAAAUCAAAGAAAAUACCAUUUUAUAAAUGCAAUAAAUACAAUUGAUUUGUUUUAUGCCAAAUUGCAAAUAAAAUGUGACAACUGUCAGAUUUAACUAAAAUGUCAUGUUAGAUUAAUGUUGUAAAUGUGUAUUAUCACGAACUUACCUUUUUUUCUAUCAUUUAUGACGCACUGAAAAAUGCUCAUGAAAAAGACCAUACCAACACGAAAUAUUUAAGUGGUAGGUAUGUUCCUUUUUAGAACCGUUUAGCCAAGUACAUACACUGGAAUUACGGCUACUAGACAUAUUUUAUUAUAUACGCGUAGGAAUGAUAUUAGAAGAUUUCUAUUAAUGUAAAUUGAAAUAAACAUACCCUAACUUGUUUCAUUUAAUUUGUGUAAGUGGAAUAUAAAGCGUUUUUAUAAAGCACACUCAUUCGAAUUGCACUCUAACUGAACUAGAACAAAGUAGACAUUUUGGCAUAAAUUGGUAACAUUUAUUUGACAGUUGCAGUUUUAUUCUUUACUAUAAGUAUUUGUUUUAUUAUAUUUAUAGUUUUUAUUAUUUACUUUAACGUAAGAUUAUAACUUAAUUCUUGUUUUCUAUUUCUAAUGUGUUUAUUUAUUUACAUUGAAUAUUGUUGUUUUGUUGUAUAAUCCACUUCCGCAAUAAUUAUGUGAUAUAUUUGAUUUAAAAUGAAUUCAAGACAUUUUUGUAAUUGGGCAACAAUGUCUACUUAUCUCUGACGUAGAUAAUGACGUGCAAAGGUAUGUAUAUUGUACGGACUGUACCUAUAUGGAGAGUACUUAUGACGUCAUUUGUAUGUGUAUGUGUGGUCACAUAAAUCGUAGAAGAGAAGACAAUGUGGUGACUGGUAUUAUUGUCGCCUGAUAGGGAUUAAUCAAAUUUUAUUCUUUUAUCAAUCGAUCUAUGUUCAGAUUUACACCUACAUACACAUAAUAUUGAUUUGUUAAUGGUGUUGGUAAUUAAAACUUAUAUUAUUUUAAUUUGGAAAAAUGUGAAAUUAGUAAUGUACUUGGAAUUAAAAAUGUGGUGUUCUUUUAACAAAUUUAAAUUAAUUUAAAAGUAUUAGUAGUGAAUCGACGUUUUUUUAUUUAUACCAUUAGUUACUUAGAAACAUGUUUAAGCAGUUUCGAUUCUUUUUAAGUUACAUUUAUAUUUUUUGGUAUUAGAAUUAUUAGGGUGAGACAGAUUUAAAGUACAGAGGCUUCCAGAUUUAGUUGUGGCGCAUAUUUAAUAGAUCGCCGUCCAGGUUUGGACUAAGCCGGUUUGGAGACCUUUUAAAUGAAGUCAAUCCUCUGCAGAUAUAAAAUGCACACCUUUCAGGCGGGAUCAAUGAAUGAGCUUCUCCUAGACGUAAGUCCCUAUCUCUAAUUGUAUUAUUUAUCCAUCAACUGCGUCGCGUCGGUCCACUCGUGAAUUUCAAUUGAAAGCCGCAAGUCCGUUUGGAUCUUAUACUGUUGCACUUAAAUUUUUAUAUUGUGGCCAACAUGUAUGUAGCUUGAACCAUGGAGCCAACUAUUGAGCCUAAGAUGAGUAGAUGCGUUGAUAUAGGAACAAAACAAAAUUAUCAUCUUGUGGUAUUAAUUAUAAAAAAUUGAUAUGAAGAUUUUAUUACUAAUUACGAAAAUUUAUAUCUAAGUAAAGUGAACUUGAUGAAAUCAAUAUGUUUAUAAAAAUCUGUACAAUCUGCACCAAAAGUUUUGCGUUGUGUAGUGUCAAAAUUCUAAUUUGCGAGAAAUCGAAAAAUGAUUAUUGAGAAUAAAUUGAAUAUGAACAUUAACAUUUAUGUGUCAUAUCAGUCAUACGCGUAAUAGUCAAAUCAUUUGGUAGUUUUACCUGAAAAGUUUUCCGGGAGUAUUAAAAAUUGGGAAUUUUAUGGAUUUCGGUAUGCUCUUUUCCAACUUCAACUUUGCUACCUCGUAUCUCCGCCGCUCGCGCCGCCAUAUUGAAAAAAUGGCGCCUAAUAACAGUUUUUUGGGAAUAUCUCCUUUCCGCCGAAUUUUACGGAAAAAACAUUUAUGUACAAAAUUAAACUAGAAAAAAUUUUCUACAAUAUAUGUAUUUAUAAUUUCAAUUUUCCAAACUCCGGAAAAUUUUCCAGGUAACCCUCUAUUUUCGACCAAAUUACUGAACUAUAAUACAAAUAAUGAGAAAAGAAACAAUGAUUAGUAAUAAAAACAGAGACAUAGCACUGGAAACUAUUGAAAAAAAUUAAGAAAAGAAAAAAAAACUAUUAUCCUAAUCCAGAUCUGGCCAUAUGGCUCUCACUCCGUCUAAGGGAAAAAUUCUGUCAUCCCAGAUACCUACGGCUAAAAAGGAUUGAGCUCUGGUGGGACUCUUUCCCCGUGUUAUCGAGCCCUAGGUGACUUGGUAUGCUGGAGUAUUAGUUCUAAAAUAAUAUUAUACAUACUUAUAGUACUGAGAUAUGUUUCGAAAAUGUGGACUAUGUCCAUUAUCUACAAAUCUUUGAAUAAAAGAUUUUAAAAAGGAUAUUUGCUACAAUCUGAGAAGAUAACUGAAUGAAACUACCCAGCCAAAUGAUCCCUAGUACUAUUGUAUGAAGUAAUUGGGAGUAAACUGAAAACUGAGGUGAAAGGAUUAUGUAAAAGGAUUGGCAAUGUACAUGGUGGAACAGAAUAAGGCUCAAAUAGAUGUUCUACUAUUGAUGAUGAUGGUAAUGAUGGUUAAUCAUUGACUAUAAAUAAAUAAAACUAAAUAGGAAUUCACGGUUUGGAACUUUAAAACUGAUAAUAAGCUGAAAAACCUGUAAUGUCCUGUAUCAUUUAUUAUUUUAGGGAUCGUCACAGUAUGUGUAAGUUUUAAACAAAAUCUAGGAUGUACAUAUUUCGUUCUUCCCCUCAUGCAAUAUGAUAUACAGCACAGGUGACUGGUGAGAUCUUAUAUGAUCGUCAAAAAAAAAACAUAUUUUUACUCAAAACUAAGGUGUAGCUAGAAAAUCACUUUCUAAGCUUCUUCAGGAGCGUGAAAGAAACGAUAUGGUAUUGGUGAUUGGUGACAAAUAAGGGAGUAUAAGCGGAGGCGAAAACAAUUGUUGUUUAAACUUCUGAUAGUGACAGCUUAGUCGUAUCUUCCCAUAGAUACCCAAAACGAGGCGUCCAAAUCUGGAAGAUAUUUAGUUGUAGCAUAAAUACCUAAACAUAAAUUGUCAUUGUUCAUCAUGCAUAUAUUUUUUAUUUAUUUUAUAAUUCGGCUUUAUUUACAUUGGAAAUAUUCGGAACAGGUAAUAUUUUUUCUUGUAUCUAUCUUUUUGAUCUCAUCGGGCCUCAGGAACCAGAAAUCGAGUUAUUUUCUUCUUCGCUCAAAUCCUUAUGUCUCUCAGCGUCGGCGUCGGUUUGUUUAUUUUAAUCGUUGUUGCUUAUCCAUUCCUUCGAGUUUUUUCGGUAUACACUCAUUGCUCUCAUGUCUUUAAUGGUAUUUCCUCUUUUAUUCAAAUUUUGGUUAUUAUAUUUAUCCAGCUUCACCUUUGUACUUUCUUUUUUCUUUUAUUGGUUCUCGUUUCUUUAUUACCCUUGCUUCUAUUAUCUUCUUUGUUGAAUUGUUUUGGCUUUUCAUCAUUAGAUGUUGGGAACAGCCCAACUAUUUCCUCUCGAUGUUUUUCAGUAUAGGUUUCUGGUUUAUCUGUUGUCUAAUUUGUUAUUUCUCAAUCUAGGUGUAUAUUUUGGUCUUUCAAGUAAUCCUAAGAUAUUUAAUUUUUACAAUUGUUAUUUUUGUUUUCUGUUUAUUUUUGUGUAAUAUCCAUGCUUCACUGUCAUAUACAGGGUGUCCAGAAACUCUACCGACAAAAGAAGACAGGAGAUUCCUCAGAUAAUUUUAAGACAAUUUAACCCAAUUCACCUAGUUCGAAAAUGCUUCUGAAGGGAGCUAGAGCUCUUUGAAGAUGGCGUCAGGAAAUUAGUUUUUCUUAAAUACCUUCAGAAGGCUUCUAUUUAGAAAAACGAAAAUUGGUAUGCAUAUUUACUUUUCAGAGAUGAAUCGAUUCCAUUGAUUGCAAAUUUCUAGUACCGGUCAUAGGCGUCCGUUUUGGGUAGAGCAACGGGUAUUUUAUCGUAUAACUUUUUGUCCUUAACUUUUAUGCAUUUUUGACACCGGAUUAUUAAAUUGUGAGGUAUUAUAGUACUAGAAGGUACUCUUGCUUUAAGUCGGUAGGAUGCACCGUUUUCUAGAAAAAUCGAUUUGAAAGUUUUUCGUUUUUGGAAUUUGAAAAAAAAAUUGAAAGAACUUUUCAACAAAAAGCGAAGUAUUUUACCAACAUAAAGUAAGAGUAACUUUUAGUACUCGAAUACCUCAUAAUUUAAUAAUCUAGUGUCAAAAAUGCUCGAAAAUUAAAGACAAAAACAUUAUGCUACAAAAUAACUGUUGACCUACCCAAAACGGACGCCUAUGACCAGUACUAGAAAUUCGCAAUUAAUGAAAUGAUUUAUCUCUGGAAUAUAAAUAAAUGUACCAGUUUUCGUCUUUCUAAACAGUUUUUUUUUGAAAUUUUUUUUUGUAAUUCAGAAAGUGAAAAAUUUUCAAAUCGAUUUUUCUAGAAAACGGUGUGUCCUACCGAUUUAAAACAAGAGUACCUUUUAGUACUAGAUUACUUCACAAUUUAAUAAUCCAGUAUCAGAAAUGCAUAAAAGUUAAAGAUAAAAAAGUUAUGCGAUAAAAUAACCGUUGCCCUACCCAAAACGGACGCCUAUGAUCGGUACUAGAAAUUUGCAAUGUAUCGAUUAGAUUUAUAUCUUGAAGAUAAAUACGUGUACCAAUUUUUGUUUUUUUAAAUAGAAGCGUUCUGGAGGUAUUUAAGAAAAACUAAUUACAAGACGCCAUCUUCAAAGAGCUCUAGCUCCCUUAAGAAGCAUUUUCGGACUAAGUGAAUUGGGUUAAAUUAUCUUAAAUUUACCUGAGGAAUCUCCUGUCUUCGUUUGUCGGUAGAGUUUCUGGACACCCUGUAUAAUACAAAGGAUAACGAUGGCAUUACAAACUUUAAAUUUAACUCUUGUAUUUAUAUCUUUAUUUCCAAACAUUGUUUUAUUUUUUUAUGCACAGUAUGUGUAGGGGACAACGAUUGUGGUAAAAACUCAUUUUACACAGUUUUACAUGUGUAUUUAUUUCUUGCUUUCAAAAUAUUAUUUUAUUCAAUGCAUAGUAUGUGUUAGUUACCUUUUUCGUCUUUUUGUUAUAUGUAUAUACAUACGUCUAUUUUUCCAUCAUUACAAAUUUUAGUCUCCUAAGCCAGGGGUCUCCAAUUAUUUUCCCUGAGGGUCCGUUUCGAAAACCUAUGACACUUCCGGGGUCCGGAUUUAUGCUGCCUGUGUCUGACUGUUCUGAUUCCGUUUCUUUGUGGAUUCUUGUUAAAAAAUAUCCCCUAUAAACAAAUCAGAAGGGUGCCAGGCAAAAUUUUUGGGCAUAAAUUGUUUAAUAUUUUUUUAACAAAUUCAAAACAUCACCUUUUUUGCCCGCGAAAAUAUGUUUUUGGCAUUUUUGGGUCAUCUUAAAUAAAAAAGAUCUGUCAUUUUAUUAAAACUUAAGAGUUUUCAAGCAUCGCAAAUGCAUAUUUUCGCAUUUUUCAGAUUUUAAAUCGCUUAUAACUAGAAAACUAUCAACUUUUCAGAAAUAUGACAAGAUACCUUUAUUGUUUAUAAUUACCCAAGAAACCUAAAAAUACAUUUUCCGAGGCAAAAAAGUAAUUUUGAAUUUGCUUAAAAAAUUGUUUCACCCGCACGUUUUUGAACAGGAAUCCGCAAAGAAAUCGAGUCAGAAACAUUUUUCAUACGAAAGUGACCUCACACAUAGACUAAUAUGAAAAGGAAAACUAAUAAUAUCUGAUUGUUUUUUGGUUACAAUAUACUUUUCUGUAAGUUUUCCUGGUACAAUAAAUAAAAUAUGAAUUCAUUGUGUAUUGUUUUGAUGUUAUAUUGAUUAUCAGUAUAUUUUGAAAACAGCAGUAUUGUAAAUUGUUACUGAAUAUUUUAAAAAUUAGGAAUUUAUAUUUUGAAUGCUAAUGAAGUUUUUAGACAUCUUCAAUUUUGUAGAAAGAAACUGAGGAAAUUAAAAUAAAUAAUAAUAGUACAAAAUGCUAAUUAACAUGUUAUCUUUUCUACAUUAGUUUCAAUGCAAGGUGUUUGUUGCAAACUUAUUAAAUCUGAAAAUUAUUUUAAUUAAAUGCACAUCUGAAAAGUACUCCUACUUAAUAUCUAGUAGAGAGAAAAUGAAUAUAAAAAAUGCACAUGACAAUUUUAUAUUACAGCUUACUUAAUUUCAAAAUUAAUGAUUAGUAAGUAUAACAAUAAGGGGGAAAACUCUUUAUAAAAUUAAAUUAUCAGAGAGAAAAAUGACAUUUUUUUAUGUAUAACCUGUCUGAAGUUUGGAGUGAGCUUAGUGCAACUGAGUCUCAUUAGGGAGUUGGGAUAUUCAUCUGUUAAGUGGGAUCUCUACCGAUUUUUAAUAAAGUUCAUUCUUGAUAAAGCGGCUUCGCACACAUAAGUUGAGCCAAACAUAGUACACAAUUUCAUGGCCAAACAUUUUCAAAAUUGCCAAACACUGGGUAUAUUCUGAAUUUAUUGAGGGUCCGCACAAAACUAGCUUACGGUCCGGAUGCGGACCGCGGUCCGCUAAUUGGUGACCCCUGUCCUAAGCAAUCAUAUUUAUGUUUCUACUAUCUUCAGUUAUUUCUCUUUGAUUUUGAUUGUUUGAUUCACUGUUUUGUUUUUAUUAUUUAUUAUAAUUAUUUUGCUCCUUUCGUCGUUUAUUUCCUUCUUCAUAUCUUCUAUCCAUUCUCUUGGAUCUGUCAAUUUCUUCAAUUGUUCGUAACUUUCUGCUAAAAUAACUAGAUCGUCUACAUUCUAUUAUCUACUAUCUUCUUACUUUAUAUCUCUUUGCAUACCGAAAUUUUCAGAUCUUUUCCAUUUGGUUCCAGUUUUUUUCUGGCUCUUGCUUGGACUGCAUUGUAGGCGACCAUGUCAUUCAUAUUCUUUGUUCUUCUAUCGAGUUAAAGUAAUUUCUGGUGUUUAGUUUGUUUUCUAAUCUAUUUAAGGGGCAUCAUCCAUAUUGUUCUUGCAUUGUAUUGUAGAUGUUUUAAAACAACAUUAAUUUCUGGUGUUUAGUUUGUUUUCUAAUCUAUUUAAGGGGCAUCAUCCAUAUUGUUCUUGCAUUGUAUUGUAGAUGUUUUAAAACAACAUUUUUCAUCAAAGAUCAUUAACAUACUAAAUAGUUUUAUACACACGUCUUAAUAUUUUCAACAUACUUUAAUAAUAGAUCUCGCAUUUAAUAGUAUAGUUUACAUUCAAAUCAUAUGCAAACUAUUUGUAAUCAAAAUAGUAAAAGAUGAAGCCGUAAUAGAUUUGUUCACAAACCAUAUGACAUUUAUCUAGGUUAAAAUAGUAGUUCUUUCAGUGUUAUAUUGAGCUUAUAAUACUUACCUAAAGUACUAGGUUGUUAUAGGAGCUUGUAUAGUCACCGUUAGAAUAGCAUACAAGUGUAGUCUCUGACUAGUGUUUUCGUAGUUAAUUACGGAUCUUUAUGCCAAUCUGUAAGUCUGUUCCCUAAGUUUCCAGAAGUAGAAUUUAUUUAUAAAAAUUUCUGUUGAGACACACGAGAAUAAUCUUAAUUAGUUUAGCUAAAGCUAGACCUUUUGGUAACAGAUAAUUUUAAUAAAUAUUCUCUUCUCUUCUUUCUAAUUUGAAGCUGGUCGUUACCUUUUUUACUAACCUGCCAUAGUUAUUUAUGUAUAUCUAUAUGUUUUUAAAUAUUUUAUAAUCAAAAUCAUUGUCUUUAUUAUACUAUUUUGUCUACAUGUCAACCAAAGAUUUUGUUGUUCCUUGCUCUCACCCACUUAAAAUGUACGACAAUAACAUUUGGGAGAAAAGAAUCUCAUAUCGAAUAUUUGUGAUUGUAUUGUAAACUACACGAAAGAUAAAAUUAUGAAUAGUAGUAGGCAAUAAUUAUGUAUAACACCUAUUUUGUAAUAUCGUUAAAGAGAAAAAAGAUAAUAUAUUAUAUCCAUCGUUAAGGUUAGCAUUUAAAGAGAAUGAUUCCUGCCGUAUAGACUUUUAUCUUUUACAUAUCAAUACAAAAUAUUAAUUGUUAAUAAAAAUUUGUUAAUAGCGUA